AUGUCGAGUAGAGAACAAACUCGUCGGGAAACUGCAACGAGGGCGAGCGAGAGACACGACGAGACACUCGCCGCACACAUGCACGAGAAAGGCGUCUCAAGCAGAGUCGAGGAACCGAACAUACACGCCCUGCCUAUUCGCCAGCCUCAUUCAAGCAAGCGCUCCUUUUCUUCUUUCUCUCCUGCUUCCUCCUUUCUUCGCUCGUCCUCCUCUACAUCUUCUUCCUCUUCCUCUUCUUCACUUUCUCCUUCAUCUUCCUCCUCUUCCUCUUCUUCAUCUUCACCUUCCUCUUCUUCCUCUUCCUCCCCUUUAUCUUCUUCAUCUUCCUCUUCUUCCUCUUCCUCCCCUUUAUCUUCUACAUCUUCCUCCCCUUUAUCUUCUUCAUCUUCCUCUUCUUCAUCUUCCUCCUCUUUCUCUUCUACUUCGUCUUCUUCUUCUUCCUCUUCUUUCUCCUCAGCUUUGGGGAGGUCGGAAGCAAAGCGCGUCGAAAAUGCCCCACCGCCUUUCACGCACGAACGCGCCAACUUGAUGCUUAUCAUUGCUCUUCGUCAAAAAGGAAAUGCGCUGCUGAGAUUCAUCACCGCCGUCCCUCACACCUUCGCCUACAUCGCCCCAGACUUUCUGGUGGGACCUUCGGCCGCCGUCCUGUUCAUCUCUCUGCGUUACCACCAACUCUUUCCGUCGUAUCUGCUGAAGCGAAUGGAGAGUCUCGUGGAGGGACGGUACACGCACAAAUUUCUUCUUCUCCACGUAGACCUCGAGGCGCCAGACGCUGCGCUGGCGCAGGUGACCUUGCUGGCUUUCCACCAUUGUUUCUCCUUGUUGCUCGGGUCUUCCCUGCAAGAGUGCGCGGGCAUUCUGCAGCUUCUGAAGGUUUACGAGAAGAAGCCUGCGGAUGCGCUCCUCGCCAAGCUGGACGCAAAACACUGCAACCGCGUCAUGGAGGCUUUAACGGCACUUUCGCCUUUGAAUAAGACGGACGUCCUCACUCUCGCGAGCGCCUUUGGGAAUGUGAAGAACAUUCUUCUGGCCUCACGCCAGGCACUGGAACGGUGCUCUGGAGUCGGCGAGAAGAAAGCGAGAAAAAUCCUCAGAGUCGUUCGCCAACCCUUCUUCUCUUCUCUUCUCCCGUCUUCUGCUGUAGCUCUUCCUUCAUCUUCGUCUCCCAGUCACAAUUCGCUCGUAGCUCUUCCGUCGUCUUCGUCUCCCAGUCACAAUUCUCUCGUAGAUCUUCCUUCGUCUUCCAGUCACAAUUCUCUCGUAGCUCUUCCUUCGUCUUCGUCUCUCAGCCACGAUGCUUCUCUGUCUUCUUCCUUUUCCACGCAGGGGGACGCUGCUUAG